AUGUUGUCAAAGAUUAAAACAUGGGUUCCGCCCUUUGGACGACUUUUACAGUCCAUUGGGGCCAAAGAACUCAAACCUAAUACUUCGCCCUCAAAUGCCGUCUCGCGGUCUUUGGGUUCUAACCAGCGUCCACUGAUUGAAAUACAACAACAAAGGUAUCCAGCGCAAGCUCCUCAACAAAUUCAUACACAUGAGAAACUCUGGCUUCGUGAAUUUAUUUCAGAGAAAAUCCCAAUCGUUAAAGCAUUCUCACCGUUUCCUCCUCCCCUUACCUUGGUUGGAUGUAACAAACCUGCCACUAGUAAGCUUUUGUUUGGUGGAACUACUAGAACUUUUGCAGCAAAUAACCUGGCCUUCGAAAGGUUUCUUCCUGGGCACGGUUUCGCGUUUGGGCGUCAGCGUAGUUUUUGUUCAGCACCUCAGACUAUGGUUGCUCAUUUCGCCAAUAAUGGAGGAAAUUUGUUGCAAGUUGUUGGCAAGUCAUUCUAUGUUGCUGCAAAGAAGAAUAAUGCGUCAUUUUUGCAAUCCAACGUUCAGAAUAAUAAUGAGAAACCGCAAAUUGUUAACUCUAAUAAAAUUGUCAAAACUACUACUACUCCGGCGAAAAAGACCGAAUCUCUUCAACCGCUCUCACCCAUUAAAUCUAUUGGCUUAGUAGAUAUCAUCCAACAGCAACAAAAAGGCUCAGAAUCCAAUGAAGCCAAAGUUAUCCACAGCGUCUAUCUGAAAGAAACCAUCGAACGCGACACCACUGAGAAGAAAAUUCUAGAAGAGAUGAUCACUUCCGUUGAUGAUAAUGUUCAAGUUUACAUUUCGUUCAAUAUGAACUUGAAAAUUGGUUCGUUAAAGUCAAAGUCAGGAAUUACGCUCGAUCCCUCGUUUAUUCAAACUUAUGAUAACGUCAUCAAAAGGCAACAUCAAGUGAUUUUGGAUAUAUUGGAAAAGUUGUCAAGAUUGAAUAAAGUUCUUGAUAUUCAAUUCUUGGAUUUCGAAUUACGCGUUGUAUUUCCGCGUGGAAUGGACAUCAAAAAAGUUCGAGAACUGUUGACAAGUUUGGGAAUAGAUCUUGACGAUCCAGUUUUAUCUUUGAGCAUUAGCAAAAAUGUAGCGAAAUCACUCGAUAAUAUAAACCAAAGUUCCAUACAAAACUUAGCAGAGCAAACCAUGAACUCAAACAAUAAUAAUAAACGUAGCGAACGACCUCUCACAUUACCUUUUGCUCAUCCCUCUAACUUGCAAAGUCAUCGCGAAACCUCAAAAAAGAGGUCGUCAUCUUCAUAUGGAAAUUCGACUCUCGAUCAGACUCAGAAUCUGAAUUUUAAUAAUGUGAAUGAUGAUCAUAGUCUUGAGAUUCACGAUUUUUUAAAAGAGGUGAACGAGUUCUCCAGCUAG